GACUGUGAGGCCAUCUCUCUCUCUCUCUCUCUCUCCCUUCUCUUUUGCUCUCUGUUAUAAAUUUCGGAUUUCUCGGGAAAACAAAAAUACACGACUGUGAAAUCUCCCUCUCGAUUAAAAGUUUAAUUUUUUUCCUUGGAGUGUACUAAAUGAGUCUUUCUUGGAUAAUUAGUAACCUUUGAUCAAUUCUCUGCUUCCAUAUUGGAUGUAUCGUAGUCACAGAGCAAAGAUCCUUAUUUGGAGAGGAAGAGAUAGUACACGUAUUGGUCGUAGAUAGAUCCUGAUCGUUCAUUACUAUUACUCAAACGAUUUAGGCCUCGAUUUAACCAUUAAACAUAAAAUUUCUUUCCUUUUUCCCUGCUUAAGUUAGUUCUCUAUCUAAAUAGCUCCGACCAAACAAGAUGAAGAGAUCACGUGGAAGCUCCGAUUCUUUAUCCGGUUUCUUACCAAUUUGCCACUCUGCAACAGACAAACAAAUAAGUCCAAGACCAACAACCACCGGCUUUCUCUAUUCCGGCGCCGGAGACUACUCGCCGAUGUUCGACGGUCUAGAAGAUGACGGAAGCCUAGAAGACAUCGGCGUCAGACACGCGUCGGCGGCGGCGGAGAAAAAGCGGCGGUUGAGUGCAGAGCAAGUGAAAGCGUUAGAGAAGAAUUUCGAGAUUGAUAACAAGUUAGAGCCGGAGAGGAAAGUGAAGCUAGCUCAAGAGCUUGGGCUGCAACCGCGCCAAGUGGCGAUCUGGUUUCAGAACCGCCGUGCUCGAUGGAAGACAAAGCAGCUCGAACGUGAUUACGGCGUUCUCAAGUCAAACUUUGACGCACUUAAACGCAGCCGCGACUCGCUUCAACGUGAUAAUGAUUCCCUCUUUGCAGAGAUUAAAGAGCUAAGAGCAAAAGUUAACGUUGAAGGGCCCGGCGGGAGCAAUGGUAACACGUCCAUAGAAGAAGACGGCAUUGCAAAAAGGGUGGAAGCGAUGGUGAAUCAGAGUAAUAAGGAAGUCUUACAGCUAAGCCACCGUCCUCCGCCGCCAAAUAUUCCUACGGAAGUUCCGACAUCGGAGCUCACAUACGAGAUGUUUAACAUUUUUCCACGUACCGAAAGCUUCAGGGAAGAUCCUGCCGAUAGUAGCGACUCAAGCGCGGUUUUGAACGAAGAAUAUAGUCCCACAAGGGCUGAAGCGGCGGCGGCCACGGCGGUGGAAAUGUCGACGAUGGGAUGUUUUAGCCAAUUCGUGAAGAUGGAAGAGCAUGAAGAUCUUUUUAGUGGAGAGGAAGCUUGCAAGUUGUUUGCGGACAAUGAGCAGUGGUAUUGCUCCGGUCAGUGGAAUUCGUAAGGCGAGAGAGAUAAUAUUGAGGAAAAAAUUGAAAACUUAGGAAAAUAUUGAGGAACAUUUGUGAAAAUAUGCUGUAAUGGAAAUGGGGUUGGAAAAUUGAAUUACCCAAAAUGUUGGGGUCUUAGUUGAUAAGGGAGGAAAAUGAAGCGAGAGGAUUAAAACCGAGAGAUCACGUGCGGUUUCAUGCACGUGCAGCCGUAAUCCUUACAAGGUUAAAGAUAGAGGACGAAGAAGUCUGCAAAAAAAAACUAUGUCAAGGUGAAAUCUUUUUUUCGACGUUUAUACUAUUAUUACUUUGAAUAAUUGCGUAGUUGAAUUGAAUGUAAUGAUAAUAAUAUCUUUAUGUUCCAAAGGCUUUUA